CAGUUCUCAAUGUUAGAAUUAAUAUUUGUUUUCAUAUUCCAACAGGUCUUUGGAUCUACUAGUACUAGAGGACAUUACGCUUCUACCGUCCAACAAACAACUCCACACCUCAAUAUUUCGAGACCCGAAACCGCUGGUGUUACGAGCGAUAAGAAUUCUACGUAUUACAUCAUCGAUGCCUCAAGGAAAUACCAAAUAUGUGAUCGUCUGGAUGUCAUCAUCGAGGCCAGAGACAGUAAGAAUCAAUUAAAAGUAAACGGAGGAGAUUAUAUCCGGGUCAGGAUCUACAAUAAUGACCUUAAAGCCGGUGCAUCUGCCGAUGGAGAAGUUUCUUAUCUUGGAGAUGGCAAGUACAAGGCAUCGUUCACAUUACGAUGGGUCGGGAAAACCUUCGUUCGUGCAAGUCUCGUCCAUCCAGCCGAGGCUGUGAAUGUAUUGAGACGAGCAAGGGAUACUUGCCCAACAAGAUGUGGCUACAAUGGACGAUUCACCGGGACGAUUGGAAAUAAAUCUGUUGUAGAAGACACCGUGUGCAACAUAAUUACUCCCGUACCCAAUGCAACCGUAUGUGAUUUAACGAGACACGCGAUAGCAGAGCCGUGGUUCUGCACAGCGCCAACCAAGACCAAUUUGACUUGUUCAGACUUUGCUUGGACUUGUGUCAACAGUAAAUACUCAGCGGCUCUUUACCGAUCUGCCAUGCUGACAAAGGAUGAAGAGAGUUUAUUUGGAAGGCAAAAGCAACCGAUACCAGUGCGAGGAGUCAACUUUGUAACAGUGACUGAGCCAGAAAAAAAUAUAUCGAGUCCAGCUCAUUGCUCUAACGAGAGGUUACCCCCUUGCACCGUAGGUUCCCACAGUCUUUCUAACCCUAUGGCAGCGGGCUACUUCUUCAAAGGACACUGGUAUUCCAAUUACUGCCGUCUUCGUAGCUUUGUAAUCCCUAGCAGUUCCUUAGAAUGCCUCACCAAUAAAACCCUGUAUUUCCACGGUGACUCCACCACGAGACAGUAUUACGAAUACCUCGUGAUGAGUCUUAAGAGUUCCCUUAAACCGAAUCCGCCUACUAAACAAUCUAAUUGGAAGGUUGGCCCUUCUAUCGCCGAAGACAAAGUAAACAACUUUACGGUUCACUAUCGCCAUCACGGAUACCCGAUCCGGAAUAACUGGACGGAUGCAUCCGAAGUGAAGUACAUUGAGGAAGCUCUUGAUGAGCUACAAGCGACACCGGAUACAGUCUACGUGUUUACACUAUGGGCGCAUCUAACCACCUUAAACAUGAGUUUCUAUGAGCAUCGAGUGAGGAGGAUAAAGGCCGCGGUGGAAAGAUUGCAUCGCCGAAGUCCCGAGACGCUUGUCGUCAUCAAAAGCGCGAAUACCCGUUCGCACGGGAGCGCGGGAUCGUCUGUAAUGGUAAGCGAUUGGUACGCGCGAGAACUGGACAUGAAGCUUCGGGAAAUAUUCAAGAGCUACGAUAAGAAAAUUGGAUUCAUAGACCAGUGGUCGAUGGUGGUAGGAUUUUCGAAUGUGGAUGCCAUUCAUCCAGGCCAGGGGAUUAUAUCUACUGGAAUGCGUACAUUACUGUCUUACAUGUGCCCUAAAGAAUAAAAUUGUCAUUUCGUGUAUAUUGAGGUAUAAUAAGAGUGUUGUACCAUUUUGUACUUUAUUUGACUUGAAAUAUUUGACUUGAAACAAUCAUAGCUAAUAGAGGAUAAAGUUGUGUCACGAGCACACCGCUCGGUUCAAAGGUCAAAAUCUUAUCGUCUGAAUAUUAAAUUUGAUUUGAUUUGAUUUGAUUUAUUUAUUUCCGUACCAUAUUUUAUGUGGGAGGGAACUACUUGAAUCUUUUAAAAAAAUUACUUUGAACGCACACGCGUGCGCAUUUCACAACUAGCCAUCUAUAGGUAAUAAAAUACAACGUUUUUUUUUAUUUUUAAAAAAAAACCUCUUUCUGUCACUUUUUACUCCUUAAUUUUUAUUUUAUCUCUUUUUCCUAGUUUCUUUAAUCUUACUUUUCUAUUCUUGUAAAAGUUGGUUAAUAAUGGGUAUGGAUGUAUUUGUUAAUAAAAGAAGUUUUUACAGUGUUUCAAACGCAAUAUUACAGAUAUUGUCUUUCAAAUAUAUUUCAUACAACUAAGUGAAAGGGCGGUUCCGAAAUUAUUUCAUUAGAAAUGCCACUAGAUGUAGAUAAUUGUAUAUAUCUAAAUUCUGAUGACUGAUGAUAUUCCGUUUGUCUAACGAGCAUCCAAACAGAAUCAAAAUCAACUUUCCGCUUCACCACAAAAGCAAACUAAAGAUUGACUCUAUUGGCCCAGCCAAAGGGGCGCCUACUCAGCAUAAUUAUGCCACCAUGUCUUGUCGCAAUAGGGAAAAAUCAUUCCCAUCAAGGCUCGUUCAGAGGUGCGGCAAAAUGGCGGCGUUUUUUAAAAUGUAUUAUGAGGACGUAAACGUACGCUUCACAUAUCUGUAUCAUAUAUACACAGAGCUCAUUGAAUAGGCGCAAAUCCUUUGUUGCAUGCAGUUUCAUUUCAUUUACACGCAACAACAACAAAUUUUUUUUUGCGGUGGUUUACGCGUGGAGACACGUGUAGAUAGUUCGAUUAUAAUUAUAAUUUUUAAAAUUCUAUACAAAUAUAUAUGUUUUUUGUUGUUGUUGUUGCGAUGGUGGAAAAUCAAUAUCGGUCCUGACUGGCAGAAGGUAAGGGUUUAAGGGAAGGAGGAAAGUCAAUUGCUGUGGAGGAGACUACGGUUAUUUCUCUCUUUUAGAGAAAAACAAACAAACAAACUUGGAACAACAUUAAUUCGAUGGGUUGACGGCGACGAAUGAUCGUGAAAUCAAAAUGAAUGUGAAAAGUGCGCGCUAUUGAAGACUUUCAACACAUCAAAGCAAGGACAAUUUCAAUAUUCUAUCAUAUUUACUUAUACUAUAGAAACCAUUUUUGCAUUGUUUAGAGUGCACGUAUGUCAAUAUGUGAUGGUCAAGGCUUUUUAAAUUGCAUUAAUUUGAUUGUACAAAAAACAUUAGUGAUAAUGUUUCAGUGAAUCAAAAGAAAUGUAAAAUGCAUGUGUCUACGUCGAUUACAUACAGUACUUAUUUUUAACCUUGAUAAGAUAUAUACAAUUUUGAAGAUCAAUCUAUGAAGGCAAUUUCGAUAGCCUUUAUUUAUUUUUCGAAAGACUUCAAUACCGAUCGUGUUGUUUAUUUUAUACACACAAGUGUGUAGAUAGAUUUAUAUUCAGUUAGUAUUCUAAACCGCAGUUAGGAAGAUAAUUUCCCGUGUAACUUUCAAUUUUAUUGCGAUAUCGUCGAAAAUUUUGAUCACAGUGGUAUCGUAUCGUGUCAUUUGGGAGUUAUCGUUUAUUAUAUCUGUUCGACACAUGCGUAAGACUAUAGGUUUAUCUCUACGGUGGUUAUUCAUGAACACACUACUUUCUUGAAAUGUGCAUGAGCCUUUUCAAUAAUUUGUUAAAGCACAAGAAGAAGACGGAAGAGGAGGAGGAGA